AUGGUUCAAAUAACUGAAAUAAUAGAGCCUGACGGCUUACUCCGUAACGAUAUACAAAAUCUAGUCAAGCAGACCACGCUACAAUGGAUAUUUGUUGGAGGCAAAGGAGGUGUCGGCAAGACGACGAUUUCAUCCUCAAUUGCCACUGCAUUAGCCGAAACUAGGGAAUCAGUGUUACUUCUCUCAACAGACCCUGCCCACAGCCUUAGCGACGCAUUCGGACAAAAAUUUUCCCACGAGCCUAGACUUGUCAACGGAUUUAACAAUCUCUAUGCAAUGGAGCUGAAUACAUCGCAAAUAGUAGAAGGACUCGACGGGCUCAGGGAGACUCAUUCGUUUCUACAAAAUAUACCGGACAUACUCAUGAUGUUGCCGGGACUCGAUGAAGCUUUGUCGUUUGUCGAACUUAUGCAGUCAGUGCAGAGUAGGCGAUUCUCCGUCACUGUUUUCGACACUGCACCCACCGGGCACACUCUCAAAUUCCUAAAACUACCAGAGGUCCUAGAUAAGAUCGUAGACACGCUGCUGAAGUUAGAGGCCACCAUGGGUAGCCUCCUUCAGCUACUUUCGUCCAUGACAAAGGCGCAAAUGUCACAGACAGAGCUAUUUGACAAAAUCAAACUUCUAGGGAAAAUGAUUAAUACGACUCACGAGCAGAUGAAGGACCCAAAUCUAACAACAUUCGUAUGCGUAUGUAUUCCUGAGUUUCUCAGCGUUUAUGAGACGGAACGGCUGAUACAGGAUCUCGCCAGGAGCGAAAUCGACUGCUCUUACAUUAUUGUCAACCAGGUUCUCAAACAUAUAGAGAUAGGAAGUCUCAUUGAUGAUGCAUGGAAUGGACUUACCGAUGAACAGCGAGAAAUCAUGACGCCGUUCUUUGAAAAGGUCAGAGAACAUCACUCCAUACACAACAGCAGGGUUGGAGUGCAGCGCAAGUAUCUCCAGGAUAUCAAGGAUCUUUACCAGGAGGACUUCAACAUCGUAGCUAUACAUCAAAACAAACAAGAAGUCAGAGGAAAGGAAGCACUUAUGGCUUUCGCCAAGUCUCUUAUGCAGCACAACCCACUCCCUUUUUAG